AUGAAUAUUAAAGAAGUUAAAAUCAAAGUAGAUAAUAGAAAUUCGAAGAUAAUUUUAAUUUUUAUAAUUCAUUCGAAUAAUGAAUUAUACAUUUACUAACUAAAUAUUUAUUUUAUGUCUUCCAAUAUUUAUCAAAAUCAAUUUGUGUAUUCAACAAAUGCUCUAAUACCAAAUGGAACAGCCAAUAGUCAGCCAUUCAAUGUAUCUAACAAUACAAAUUUGAUUAAUGGUUUAAGUACCAUUAGAUUGGAAUCCCCAAAUUAACUCUAGCAAAAUAUACAUCCAACUGGUUCAUAAAUUCUAUAGAAUUAGCAAUUUCGUAUUAAUGUUAUUAACUAUGUUUAUUAGUUCAGUCUUAAGUGUAUGUUAAUCAAUAGUAAUAGUAAAUUAAAUAGCAAUAAUAAUCUAGAAUUUAACUAGGAUAGCCAGAAAUAAGGGGCGGCAAUUUCCUCUAGAGUCAAUUCAUGAAUAAUGGAUAUGAUAAUAAUCUUCUUUAAUCAAGACCUUUUUAAGGAUCUUAGGAAUAAUAAAACUAAUAAAGAUCAAAUCUUUAAAAUAGCUAUUCAAAUAUCAUGACUACUGAAAAUUGGACUGAAAAUGAUUAUGCUAAACUUUUUGAACAAUGGGAAGAUCUAAUAUAAAAAAAUCAAGACUUUGUAACUGAAUUAGAGAUUAACAGAUUACAGAUUCCAUUAGCUAAUGUCAUUUUACAGGAAAUAUUAAACAUUAAAACGAAUAUCUUGAAGAAUUCAUUUUUAAUUAAACUAUCUCAGUACUAUGAGAUUAUUAAGCCUUAGGCUGAUCAAAUGGCCAUUAAAAGUGAAGAAUUACAAACAUCAUUGAGAAUUUUAAAAUAAACUAGGCAACCGCCAAUUAAUAAAUAUGCUAAUCUUUAAUAUGAAUAAUAGUAACCUAUUUCGAACAUUUAACAUUUCAACCAAAAAUUAAGCCAUUUAAAAUUAGAGAUGCAAAAUCAAAUCAAUUUAACUAAAAGUAUACUAUUAUCCAUUAAUAAUUAACACAAUUAUAUUGAACCCUAAGAGAAUUACUAAUAAAAAUUAGAGAAUUCUUUUAAUUCAUUGAAUCAAUAUUUAUAAGAAAGAAUGACUUAAGAAAUUAAUUUUUUAUUGUUUAUUCAUGAAAGGGAAGUAUUCAACUUAGAAAGAUAAAUAGAAUCCUAAAUUUAAGAAUCUGAUACAUUUAGUAUUACAAUUUUAUCAGAAAAACUUAGAAUGAUUGAAGGAUUAUUUGAAAAAUUUUCAGAAAAAAAAUAAGAAUUAAGAGACUUUCAGCAAAGAUUAGUUUAUAUAACAAACAGAAAUAUUAAUUAAUUUUCUGAAUUUUUUGAGGAUGUUAUAUCUCUCUACAAAUAAUAUAAAAUUUAUUAUGAAGAAAUUAAGCAAAUCUAAUAGAUACCAAAUUAACAAAUUUUCUAAAAUCUAUAAAUUAAAACUAAAUAAUAAUUAUACAUCGCAGCAAAGAAUGUAUGGCUCGAAAUCAAAUAAUUAUAUUUUAACGGAAAAAAAAUUUAGGAAUUUAAUGAAGAAGAGAAAUAUUAGCAAUUUAGCUAAUUUAAUAUUCCUGCAUAAGUGCAAUAGAUCAAAUCAUUUUUUAAUCAAUUACAAUAAGAUUAUAUUAGAAAAGGAUUCUAAGUUCCUUUAGAAGAAUCUAAAAAACUAAAAUAAUUAAUUUAUAUGGUAGAGUGUGAAUAUCAAGUAACAAAUCCAAUGAGAUUAGAAAUAUCUACAUUAGAGCAAUAAGAUUUCAUAGGAUAUAAAAAUUAUAUUAAUUAAAAUCUAAAACCGAAGUUCUUUAUUGAUUUUAAAGAAUUUUAUGCCAAGGACUUUUACGAAAUCAUAUAUUUCUAAUAAGCAGAUCUCAAUAUUUUAGAAUCUAUUAAGAAAUUACUGUAAUUUAAAUUUCCAAUAUUCGAUUGGAAUGAGAAUAUUGAGGAUGAAAAGUAAAGAAUUGAGAUUGUUUUACAGAGACAUAAAGAAGUUUAAGAUAAACUUUAAGAAUUGUAAGAAUAAUUUUCAAAAGAUACGAAAUUUGUUAAAUAAUUAAUUAAUUGGAAUGCAGAACUAUUUAAAUGUGUCAAAAUUUUGAAGCAAUACUUGAUUAUUAAGGAAGAAUUAAAAGGUUAACUGAUAACCUUAUUGAAAUGGCCAUAAUAAUUUAGCAUUUAAAAAAUAAAUGAGUUUAGUGUGCAUUGUGAAUAAAUUAUUAGAUAAGCAAAUUCAUACGUUUUAGCUAUUGAAUAAUUACAAUAAAUGAAACUAAUANAGGCAACCGCCAAUUAAUAAAUAUGCUAAUCUUUAAUAUGAAUAAUAGUAACCUAUUUCGAACAUUUAACAUUUCAACCAAAAAUUAAGCCAUUUAAAAUUAGAGAUGCAAAAUCAAAUCAAUUUAACUAAAAGUAUACUAUUAUCCAUUAAUAAUUAACACAAUUAUAUUGAACCCUAAGAGAAUUACUAAUAAAAAUUAGAGAAUUCUUUUAAUUCAUUGAAUCAAUAUUUAUAAGAAAGAAUGACUUAAGAAAUUAAUUUUUUAUUGUUUAUUCAUGAAAGGGAAGUAUUCAACUUAGAAAGAUAAAUAGAAUCCUAAAUUUAAGAAUCUGAUACAUUUAGUAUUACAAUUUUAUCAGAAAAACUUAGAAUGAUUGAAGGAUUAUUUGAAAAAUUUUCAGAAAAAAAAUAAGAAUUAAGAGACUUUCAGCAAAGAUUAGUUUAUAUAACAAACAGAAAUAUUAAUUAAUUUUCUGAAUUUUUUGAGGAUGUUAUAUCUCUCUACAAAUAAUAUAAAAUUUAUUAUGAAGAAAUUAAGCAAAUCUAAUAGAUACCAAAUUAACAAAUUUUCUAAAAUCUAUAAAUUAAAACUAAAUAAUAAUUAUACAUCGCAGCAAAGAAUGUAUGGCUCGAAAUCAAAUAAUUAUAUUUUAACGGAAAAAAAAUUUAGGAAUUUAAUGAAGAAGAGAAAUAUUAGCAAUUUAGCUAAUUUAAUAUUCCUGCAUAAGUGCAAUAGAUCAAAUCAUUUUUUAAUCAAUUACAAUAAGAUUAUAUUAGAAAAGGAUUCUAAGUUCCUUUAGAAGAAUCUAAAAAACUAAAAUAAUUAAUUUAUAUGGUAGAGUGUGAAUAUCAAGUAACAAAUCCAAUGAGAUUAGAAAUAUCUACAUUAGAGCAAUAAGAUUUCAUAGGAUAUAAAAAUUAUAUUAAUUAAAAUCUAAAACCGAAGUUCUUUAUUGAUUUUAAAGAAUUUUAUGCCAAGGACUUUUACGAAAUCAUAUAUUUCUAAUAAGCAGAUCUCAAUAUUUUAGAAUCUAUUAAGAAAUUACUGUAAUUUAAAUUUCCAAUAUUCGAUUGGAAUGAGAAUAUUGAGGAUGAAAAGUAAAGAAUUGAGAUUGUUUUACAGAGACAUAAAGAAGUUUAAGAUAAACUUUAAGAAUUGUAAGAAUAAUUUUCAAAAGAUACGAAAUUUGUUAAAUAAUUAAUUAAUUGGAAUGCAGAACUAUUUAAAUGUGUCAAAAUUUUGAAGCAAUACUUGAUUAUUAAGGAAGAAUUAAAAGGUUAACUGAUAACCUUAUUGAAAUGGCCAUAAUAAUUUAGCAUUUAAAAAAUAAAUGAGUUUAGUGUGCAUUGUGAAUAAAUUAUUAGAUAAGCAAAUUCAUACGUUUUAGCUAUUGAAUAAUUACAAUAAAUGAAACUAAUAGAAAACUUAGAAAUCUUAUUCAAAUAAUGGAAUCCAAAAGUAAAGGAUUAUUUAAUUGAGUAAUGCCAUUUCAUUAAUCAGACGUAAUUUUCUCCCCUAAUUAUUGAAUAAAUGCAAAUCGUUUAUCAAUUUCUAUAUGUGUGUAUGGAAUGUUUAAACUAUAAUAUUGAUGAAGUAUUUUGUAGAACUUCUACUUAUUAAGAACUUGAAAAUAUUUUGAAUGGUUCUACUAAAUUACAAGAGUUAAAGAGUUUUAUUGAUGGAAAUAUUCAUAACUCUGCUUUGAGAUAUAAAUUAUAUGAUAUAAUAGAAAAAUUUAUGUAACAAAAAUUAAUCAUUGACUUUUAAAGUUUAUUUGAAUUAAAAUUAGAGUAGAGCAAAGAGGGCACAAAUAAUUUUAAUCCAAAAGAAUUAGUAAAAAGAACAGAUUUAAAGUUUCCUAUCAAUAGAACUGAUAUUUAAAGCAAUUUUUAUUGCAAGUAGAAUAUGGAUAGGAUUAAUCAAAUAGUAGACUAACCAGAACUUAGAUUAAUAUUUUAAUAAUUUAGAGAGUUAUUAAAUAAUAUUACAACAAUAAUUGAUUAGGAUAAUUCUGUCACAGAUAUUUAGGUUAAUUAAAUAACUAUUAUUGAAUUAGCAUGUAGUUUUGCUUAAUAAUUGCUAAUUUAAAAUGAAUUAACAAAUAUCAAACCUUUAAUUAAAUUUCAUUAAUAAUUAAGUCAGUAUCCAAAUACGAAAUAGUUUUAAAAUCAAUUAAUUGAGUUAGGAAUUGUAUUUCCAGUUGAAUAUAAUAUAUAUUUAGAUGCUUGCCGAAGAAGAAUCUAAAGAUUAGCCUAAAAUGUAUGCAUAGAGUUUGAAUCUUUAGAUUUUUAUGAAAUUGCUUAAGCUAAAUUGUUUUUCAAUAACAAGGAAUAUCUCUUGAAAUAAAUUGAUUUUCCUUAUCUUUAUAUGGAUGCCAAAUCAUUGAUUUUAGAGUAAUAACCAUUAAAUUUUAAUUGCACUCUAAAUUUUAAAAUAAAUGGAAAAUUUAUAAAGUAGGGAGAGACAAUUCAAAUUUGA